AUGAUUCAUCUGUGUACCUGCACUGGGGGUUCAACCUCUACUAACACAUCAAGCAAAAGACGUAGUGGAACACUAUCCUGCAAAAACUGUGGUGGAAGAUCAUCAAUUAAUGGAAAAAGCUCUUCAAGUUGUCUUCUUAGCACAGUUUUGGAACUUACUAGCUUAAUCAAUUCAGACUUUACUUGGACAAAAGUUUCAAAGGGUUGUAGGAGUUCAUCAAGGAGACCUCGAAGUUCAAACACAAUUAACUUAACUAAGGAUUCAAAAGUUCUAGAAAUGCCUGUUUCUGAAUCAGAAAAGUUGGGAGUCUCUGUUCUUGGGUGUCACUUCAGUGAAAAGGCAGAACACAUUCCAAUCAAGAAAAGGAGAUUCUUAUUCCGGGCAUCAUCUCCGCCACGGAAUCCAUCUCUGGAGAGUCCCAAAGCUUAUAAUCAUGAGCUAAAAUUAAACCCGAAUGCAGCUUGUCUACCUGAAUCAGUUGCUGGAAUGAGUGAAAGAGGUAGUAAUGAUGAUAAAUUGGUAAAAAAGGAGUUGGUGAAGACUAAAAAUGAACCUGGUGAAGAUGAUGACUUUUCUGGCAUAUCUAUACUUGCUGCUGCAGCAUGUAGUAACAGUUUGGGAACUGAAGCCGAUCGCAGUGAAGAGUCUGGAAUUGGAAUCACCACAUCUGUCGCCAAAAGUCCAGAAGCUCUAACCACUAUUCAAUUAAAAGAAAACAUUUCAAAAUCUGCUAAGGAAGAAUCUGAUCCCCAUACAUCAACAAAGGACCAAUCUGCCCCAGAUAAGAUCCCAUUGGAGAAAUCUUCACCAAAUGAAUCCACAUUGGAUAACUCCUCUUCACAUUCCCCUUUGGAAUCAGCAAUUCCGACUUCAAGAGAUGUCAGAUUCAACUGGGACUUGAACACCGUGAUGGAUGAUGCAUGGGAGGAACCAUUUGUCAGCGAGCAUGAAGUUUCUGCACAAAACAAAGUCACAUUUUUCGAAGACAAAAAAGAGGAUUGUACAAAAGACAAUUCCGGAGAUCAUAAGCCUGGAAGCGAAGGGGAAUCCGGGAUUCCAUCAAAAGACAUCAGCAAUCUGAACAUACCCAUUGAGAUGAAAAGUCUGGCUCACGAAAACGAGUUAAAGCUGGGAAAACCAUUGUCUUGUGAACUAGAUAAUGCUCAACAUUCCGUGGUGGUGGAAUCAGUAAUUCCUGUUACUAAAACCCUAACCUUGGAGAACCCAACACCCGAUAUUUUUUCAAAGUGGGCGACUCGUGGUGGCCAAACUUCUUCUGUUACUGAGGCUGUUGACACAAAAUUAUCAAUGGAUUGUUCUGUGCCCCCAGGUUUUGAUCAUUAUCUAAACUUGAAUGCAUCCAAAGAAAAUGUGGUGGCAGAAUCCGCCAUUCCUGUUACUACACAACCAGCCAUGACUAACACCUGUAAACCUGAAUACGAGAAACAUGAUUUAUCACUUACCCCUGCAGCCUCUGUGGAAAAUGGAGUCCUUUCAGAUAAGGUCGAUGAAUCCAUGGUGAAAAUGGAGUUAACAAGCAAUGAUGUCAGCAAGGGGACAGAAGUUCCUUUACAGACUGCUGCAAUUCCUUCUAUAAAUGAUUCCGAAGCGCCAUUGGAGAAUGGAAUCCGUUAUGACAAUUCACAGACUGACAAUCGAGCUGGAAGUGGAUAUGAUUCUCAAUACGAAGAUGGAGAACUAAGGGAAUCGAGUAUAAAUGCUUGGAAAGGAGAAGAAAAUGAAUAUGUGAUUGACAACAGGGGAGACGAUUCGAACAUCGGAAUCAUGGAUUCCUGUGAAACUAAUACCUCUCCAUGUGGACAAGAAGCCUCUCCAGGAAUCAAACUCACUGAAACCGAUUUAACAUCUAGUGUCGUGUUGCCAGAGAAACUUCAUAACGCUGAUGAAGUCUUAUCCGGUUCGGAACCAAAUGAGACAGUUAGCAAUCAAGCCAACAGUGAAAGACAGGAAAUUGUUCAGAAUCUGAACCAAUCAGACGAGUGGAAGAUGAACGUUUCAGGAUUGGAUCAUGAAAAUCAACGAAUCUCUUUGAAUAAUUUCACCAAAACCAGAAACUUUACAAGUCGGAAAUUUUCGUAUGGCGAACAAAAAGACGGAUUUGACCCUGAGGAUAUGGAAAUGAAAGGUGAAGGGUCAAGAUUCUACAGAAAGGAAUCGAUCACACGUAUCGGAGGUCCAUCAACACAUGACGUGUUCCUUUCUAGAGGUAGAUUUCGGGUGCAAGGAUGCAGUUCAAAGUCUGGUGAUGGUUUAGCUUCGAGACCAGAGAGGGAUUCAGGUGUGGUAAGAUCCUUUGGACGUGGUGGUAGUGGUAGUGGUAGUGGUAGUGGUAGAUACUCCCCGCAUAACCGUGGUAGUGGACGGGGAAGCGGUGUAUGGAAUCGUUCCCCAGAUCGUAACCAACCAUUCAUUCGUACUAUGCUAGAAGAUUCUGGAAGUUUGGAUAAUAUAACAAACGAAGGCUCCAUGGAUCAAAAUGAUUCUUCAAACAGACCAAACACUUCAUCGUAUAUGACUCGUAGACCUUUCAGAAGCCGCUCACCAAUGAAUCGCGAAGCAAAUGAUUUUCGGGCACGUUUAGGAUUAAGACCAACUGGGGACACGGGUCACGAGAGGUUCAAUAUGGGUCGGAGCAGGGGACGCGGGCGGGUCGGGCAAGUGAGGUACAGUACACGGGUUGACGGUGAAGGACCCGGACCCGGACCCGGUCCCGGACCCAGACGAUACCAUGGACCCGGAAGUGAUGAAUGCGAUGAGUUUCUACCGGAUUACCCAAAUCCUUUCCCGAGGAGACGCCGGUGCUUUUCACCCGUGGAAAGAAGAGGGAAUGGGAAUCAUUAUUCCAAUUCGAGAUCACCUUCGAGACCGCGGACGCGUUCUCCGGUUUCCAAUUCCGGGUUCCGACGCCGUAGUCGAUCGCCUACUUUCAGAAUGCGAAGGCCAAGAUCACCAAACUACCGGCGUGGUGGGUUUGAACCGGAAUACAAUUCCGGACCUCGAAGCAGUAAUUCAUCACCGCCGCCUCCGAAUUCGCGUUGGGUAAACUACAAGGAACGGCCGGUUGUUUUUGACCGGAGAUCACCGCCACCACAGGUGGUGGAAAGGGAGAGUGUAAGGGAAAGGGAAAGGGAAAGGGAACGAUUUGGUUUUUAUGAAAGAAAACCAAAGCAAAAUGAGUUCUACAGAUCCGGGCAGCCCGGAAGAUUUGACCCGAGUGAAGCCGGGCGGGGCAGACCCAGGUAUGUGGGUAAUGAAGGGGAUCGACCGGAUAAUGGAUACAGGCGUGGGGGGUUUGUGAGGCAGCAGCGGUAUAACAUGGAUGGACAUGUGAAGAGGUUUCAGUACGAUGAUGAAGAUGGUUUUGGGAGGGGUUUUGAUGCACGUGACAAACAUGCUUUGGAAGUUCACGCACGUGGGAAUAUCAAAAGUAAUGGGACAGGGACAGAUGGCCGGUUUAAAGAUUUUCCAAGACGGUCGAGGGAAGACAGGGAGGUGGUGGUUGGUGAGUUUAAACGGCGGUCUAGAGAAAGGAAAGAUUCUGACACAAAAGAAGAAAAAGACCAAUCUAACCUUGACUCGAUGAUCAUGAUAACUAAUGAGGUGGUGGUGAAGGAAGGUGAUAAUAGUAAACCAAUGUUGGCAGCUAACUAA